CGAACCGUCCCUCGCACAACCUGUAACACCACACCCAUGUUGCUCAUCCGCAGCUUGUACAUCACGCCCAGGUUGCUCCGGCUCCGCGGCGCAGCUGUGUAUAUAAAUAUGAGCAGAGAUACAGAGGGGAAGGGGGCAUUCGGUCGGGUAGGGACAAGCACACACCGAUCGGCGAUGAGCGGUACGUGCUCUGGAUGAUCACCACGAGUCCUUGGCCUCGUCGCCGGCUCAAGCUCGAGUUUUCUUCAUAGCUAAGUUGUCAAGAGGACGGCAGGCAAAUGGAUGGAGGCCAGUCGCCACGGCCUCAGCAGCACCACCGCACGCCGGAGCGAGAGGGGAACAACAACUACGACAUCGAGCGCAUGGACGGUGCACGAGAAGGGGAGCGGUGGCAGAAUGGUUCUUCUGACGCGCUGCUUCGGUACGACGACCGCCAGAGCGUACACGAGCCGCUCAUGCGGAAACGCACCAUUAACACCGCCUCCCAGAUCGCUAUUGUUGGUGCCAACAUUUGCCCCAUCGAGAGCCUCGAUUACGAAGUUGUGGAGAAUAACCUUUUCAAGCAAGACUGGCGGUCAAGAAAGAAGAAGCAGAUAUUUCAGUACAUUGUUAUGAAGUGGACUUUGGUGCUUCUGAUCGGCCUGUUGACCGGACUUGUUGGCUUCUUCAAUAACCUUGCAGUCGAAAAUAUUGCUGGACUAAAAUUGCUAAUCACAAGUGAUCUUAUGCUCAACCAAAGGUAUUUUACUGCAUUUUUGGCGUAUGGAGGUUCCAAUCUAGUCUUGGCAGCAGCAGCUGCAGCAAUAUGUGCUUACAUUGCACCUGCAGCUGCUGGAUCUGGUAUUCCCGAAGUUAAAGCAUAUCUUAACGGAGUCGAUGCUUAUUCUAUACUGGCUCCUAGUACACUUUUUGUGAAGAUAUUUGGUUCAAUACUUGGAGUUUCAGCCGGAUUUGUACUUGGAAAGGAAGGUCCAAUGGUACAUACGGGGGCGUGCAUUGCAAACUUACUUGGUCAGGGAGGGUCACGCAAGUACCAUCUUACAUGCAAUUGGCUAAGAUAUUUCAAGAACGACAGGGAUAGGCGGGAUUUGAUUACAUGUGGGUGCGCAGCUGGAGUGGCCGCUGCCUUCCGCGCACCUGUUGGUGGCGUCCUGUUUGCUCUUGAGGAAGCAGCAUCAUGGUGGCGAAGUGCUCUUUUAUGGAGAGCAUUCUUUACAACUGCUGUUGUUGCUGUCGUGUUGAGGACUCUGAUUGAGUUCUGUCGCAGUGGAAAGUGUGGUCUCUUUGGGCAAGGUGGAUUGAUUAUGUUUGAUCUCAGUUCAACUGUUGCAACUUAUAGUACUCCGGAUCUACUUGCAAUAAUUAUCCUUGGAAUAAUUGGUGGUAUAUUCGGAGGCCUCUUUAACUUUCUAUUGGAUAAAAUUCUUCGUAUUUACAGUAUUAUCAAUGAGAGAGGUGCCCCGUCCAAGAUCCUUCUCACUAUGAUAGUAUCGGUUAUCACAUCAAUGUGCUCCUAUGGCCUCCCUUGGCUAGCUUCGUGCACACAAUGCCCCGUGGAUGCCAUGGAGCAAUGUCCCACCGUUGGUCGCUCUGGAAACUAUAAGAACUUUCAGUGCCCACCGGGGUAUUACAAUGGUAUGGCAUCACUGUUCUUUAACACAAACGACGAUGCCAUCCGCAAUCUUUUCAGCACUGGAACUGCGACUGAGUACCAUAUGUCUAGUCUCUUCAUCUUCUUCGUCGCAAUUUAUUGCCUUGGCCUUGUAACUUAUGGGAUUGCUGUCCCAUCUGGUCUCUUUAUCCCAGUUAUCCUUGCUGGAGCCACAUACGGUCGAAUAGUGGGUACGCUUUUGGGAUCCAUAUCAAAUCUUGACCCUGGACUUUUUGCACUUCUUGGUGCGGCCUCUUUUCUCGGUGGGACAAUGAGAAUGACGGUGUCAGUCUGCGUGAUCCUUCUAGAACUCACCAAUGAUCUGCAAAUGCUCCCUUUGGUCAUGCUUGUUCUUCUAAUAUCGAAGACCAUCGCGGACAGCUUUAACAAGGGGGUUUAUGACCAGAUAGUGGUAAUGAAAGGUUUGCCGUACAUGGAGGCUCAUGCUGAACCGUACAUGAGACAUUUGGUUGCUGGUGAUGUUGUGUCGGGCCCACUAAUCACAUUUUCAGGUAUCGAGAAGGUAGCGGACAUUGUUACUGCGUUGAGGAUCACUGGCCACAAUGGAUUUCCAGUGGUUGAUGAGCCACCUCUAACAGAAGUGCCUGAGUUGGUUGGGCUUGUGAUCAGGUCUCAUCUAUUGGUUUUGCUGAAAGGCAAGAUGUUUAUGAAGGAGCGGGUAAAAACCAGCGGUAGCUUUGUUAUGGAAAGGUUCGGUGCCUUUGACUUUGCUAAGCCGGGGUCAGGGAAGGGUUUGAAAAUUGAGGAUCUACAUUUCACUGAUGAGGAGAUGCAAAUGUAUAUUGAUCUCCAUACGAUUGCAAACACGUCACCAUAUACGGUGGUUGAGACAAUGUCACUAGCAAAAGCUGCUCUCCUAUUUCGAGAACUAGGAUUGAGGCAUCUCUUGGUUGUUCCAAAGACUCCAUACAGGCCUCCCAUUGUUGGAAUUCUCACAAGGCAUGAUUUUGUGGAGGAGCAUAUCCACGGCCUAUUCCCAAGUUUCAAUCCUCACAACUUCCAUUCAACCUCGAUGGGAGGUUGACUGUGAAAAGUUUUGUGUUUCUUCCCAUCUACAGAAAUCAUACAAGUCUUAUGUACAUCAAUUAGAUUGCUCUUGUGUGAUAAUAAUUUGGCCACAUGGUUGGACGCCUGCCCAGUGUCAGAAGGUCAAAGAAGUUCGUGAACUAAAGACAAGGAAGCCGGUGACCCUAGUUGUCUGUUGUAAUCAUAUGAGAGGAAUUACUGUACAACUGUAGAGUAAACAUUCAAAGUCUGGAACUGGAAAGAUGAACAUACAUGAUACAUUUCCUACAAAGCAUGUUUGAGUCCGAGGUUUGUGUGUGUGUGUGUGUGUGCGCGCGCGUGUGUGUGUUUGCGAAGAGUCUAAGGGUUUAGUUAAGAACUUCUAAAAAUAUUUAAACAAGUCUCAUUCUCAUUUGCAAGUA